AGAUCUGAGAACCAGCCAGCUGUGUCCAUCUCGCACGCAAGCGCAUACACACACUUCAACAGGCAACGUCGCUGAAAAGUAUCAAGAAGAAAACUUUCAAUUAAAGGUCCGAUGAUUCCGGUGGGCCUCACGGCAGGACUUCUGCUGCUGCUUUUUUUCAUUCUUCUCCUUCUGGGCUUGGUGAUGUUCUAUCUGUGGAGGAACAAGAGGAGACGCGAUCGCAGACAAUACCAGGAGCUGGUGGCCGCCGCGCCUCACAUCCCACCAUGCACUCCAGCGGUCAUCCCGGUUUCGCAAGGCUCCUACGCCAAGCCUGGCCAGAUCCCAUUCGCGUUGCCCCCUCGCUUUACAACACCUCAGAGGCACACGGAGGAGGACGAGGGGAAGGCAGAGGUGAUAAAUACGGAGGCUCACAGGGACAUUCUGGCCCAUCGGGGUUCUCUCUGCGUUCAGAGUUGGUACCCGGUGGGGGCGGUGCUGGCCGGCCUGUAUUCCGGCCCGGGGCUGAGUGAGGUGGUGGCGCCCCCGCCCGGCAUGGCCACUCGCCUCUGCUUCUCGGUGGAGUACCGUCACAGCGGCGAGCAGCUGGCCGUCUCUUUGCUCCGCCUGGGCAACCUUCCGCCUCCUUUUCACGCUAACGUCACCAUGGUGCAGCUCCGCCUGCUGCCCGACGACCGGCGCCCCCGCCAGGCCAAGGCCAGGACCACCGGCCCCGACCCGGAGUUCAAUGACUCCUUUGUUUUCCAGGUCUCAGGAGCGCAGGUGUCACGCAGCACGCUCAGUGUGUGCGUGCUGAGCGUGUCACAUGACGGCAAACGGCACGCAGUGGGCCAGGUGCUGUUUCCGCUGCAAGGAGAACUGGGACAGGCCGGCAGGGUACUCUGGAGGGACCUGGACACCGAAAAGCACCAUCAGUAUUCAGAACUUGGUGACGUCUUAGUGUCCCUGAGCUACAACCCAACUCUACAGCGCCUAUCCGUAGAGGUCCCAAAGGCUCGAGGAAUGCAACCUCUCAUGGACGCGGGCGUGUGCAUGCGAGCGAGCUUGCAAAUCCACACUCAGGUGAUUAAAAUCAAAAGCGGCGGGCCGGUGAAGGCGGACGGCGAGCCGGCUUUCGACUUCAGGACGAGCUUCAAGCUGCGGGUGGAGCACAUGGACGAAUCCUGCCUCCGCUUGGAGGUGCGGCGGCAGACUGAUCACCUUCCCUCAGAACCUUCAGUCCCACUGGGAGUCGUGGUGCUGGGGCCGUUCAUGUAUGCUCGGGGCCCGCAGCUGCAGCACUGGAUGGACAUGGUCAACACACCACUCCAGCCGGUCAAACUGUGGCACGGACUCUGCACAGCCAAUUAAAGCAAGC